AUGGAAAGAUACAACGAUAACCCAAUAUACCAUGGUACCAUAGAAUUAACCAGAAGUAGAAAAAACGUCGAGAUUAAGGUAAGUUUUAAACAAUUUUUAAAAAUACGUUUACAGUAGACUUUGUCAGGUUAAUAGCUUUUUUAGUUCGGUCUUGUAAAUUCUUAAGUUUAAUGGUAAUAUAUGUGACAUAAAUAUAUGAUUUUUUCUAAUUUAUCUUUUAAAUACUACCACUUUUUUAAAGUCUAGUGCCGAUUUAAGAUUGUCGGAAGCGAACAAAAGUCUUGUGCCCAACUGCGGUCGGAACUGAUGUCACGAGCUUUGCAAGUCGAGGGACAUCUUUGGUUAUGUGAUCGACUGGGAUCGUAUCACAAAAACCUACCAUUUUCGGCUCACGAACUACCGUAUCCAGCUGUCACACAUGCAUUCCAAGUUGCCUUUCGACAAUGUGAACAAGAACACGUAGGCUUGGUUUCGAAAUUUUUAAUUAUUCUUUCAAAUUUUUUGUAAGCUGUAAUACAAAACAUUGUAAUUAUAAAUUGAUAAACUAAAACUUCAGCGUCACUGGAAUAAAACACAAUUACUGGCCGACGGUUUCCAACGAUUUCUUCAAGUUUUAUCACGUUGA